CAUGUGACGUGUCCGCCUGCUGCAGAACCGGAUGCUGGUGGCUGUCCAGUGUGGGUGACAGAUGCAGCGUAAAGUGCCACAGAGGGGAGAGAUAACCGUGUUAAUCUGCAGAGAAGACUGGCGGCUGUGAAGAUGUUGCUGUGGCUGCUCGGAGCUGCGCUGCUGGGUCGGGCGGCCGCCUUCUACCUCCCGGGUCUGGCGCCCGUCAGCUUCUGUCAGCCUGGAACAGACCAGGUUCCAGACUGCAAGACGAUCAUCGAGCUGUUUGUGAACAGGCUGGAUUCAGUGGAGUCUGUUCUGCCUUAUGAAUAUACUGCGUUUGACUUUUGCUCAGAGAAAACAAUGAAACGUCCAUCAGAGAAUCUGGGCCAGGUUCUUUUUGGGGAGAGGAUCGAAGCCUCACCAUACAAGUUUGAGUUCAAGAACCCCGCCGCGUGUCAGAAGGUGUGCACCAGAACCUACGACACCACCAACCCAACAGACAAAUCCAAACUGGAAUUCCUCAAGAAAGGCAUGUUACUCAACUACCAGCAUCACUGGAUUGUGGAUAACAUGCCGGUCACCUGGUGCUAUGAUGUCGAAGAUGGACAGAAGUUCUGUAACCCUGGAUUCCCUAUUGGCUGUUACGUCACAGAAGCAGGCCGACCCAAAGAUGCCUGCGUGGUCAAUUCUAACUUUAAUGAAAAGGAUGCCUUUUACAUCUUUAACCAUGUGGACAUCACCAUCCAUUACCACAUCGUUGAGCACGAACAACUUGGAGCUCGAUUGGUUGCUGCAAAGAUUGAACCCAAAAGCUAUGAAAAUCCUAAUGAUGACAGCCCUGAUUGCUCUGGGGGGCCAAAGUUCCUGAAAAACAAACAAGCAGGAGUGUUCAAGAUCCCAUACACUUACUCUGUCAAAUUUGUGGAAGACAAAAAUAUUCGCUGGGCGUCUAGAUGGGACUACAUCCUGGAGUCAAUGCCUCACACCAACAUCCAGUGGUUCAGCAUAAUGAACUCGUUGGUGAUUGUUUUGUUCCUGUCUGGAAUGGUAGCCAUGAUCAUGCUGCGGACUCUCCAUAAAGACAUCGCCAGAUACAAUCAGAUGGACUCUGUGGAGGAUGCCCAGGAGGAGUUCGGAUGGAAGCUGGUCCAUGGAGAUGUUUUCCGACCUCCCAGGAAGGGAAUGCUGCUGUCUGUUUUCCUCGGCUCUGGAACGCAGAUCUUCAUUAUGACCUUUGUCACCCUUUUCUUUGCCUGUCUUGGGUUCCUCUCUCCGGCAAACCGUGGGGCUCUGAUGACUUGUGCUGUUGUUCUCUGGGUCCUUCUGGGAACCCCUGCUGGAUAUGUGGCUGCUCGCCUCUACAAAUCUUUCGGAGGAGAGAAGUGGAAGACCAACGUUCUGCUGACAGCCUUCCUCUGCCCUGGGGUGGUAUUUGCAGAUUUCUUUGUGAUGAACUUGAUCCUGUGGGGCGAAGGGUCUUCAGCAGCCAUGCCAUUUGGGACCCUGGUAGCCAUAUUGGCCCUUUGGUUCUGUAUCUCAGUGCCACUGACCUUUAUAGGAGCAUACUUUGGCUUCAAGAAGGCAGGGAUUGAGCACCCAGUGCGGACGAAUCAGAUUCCUCGUCAAAUCCCAGAGCAGUCAUUCUACACAAGGCCUUUCCCUGGGAUCAUCAUGGGUGGAAUUUUGCCUUUUGGAUGUAUUUUUAUUCAGCUGUUCUUCAUACUAAACUCCAUCUGGUCCCACCAGAUGUACUACAUGUUUGGCUUCCUUUUCCUGGUCUUCAUUAUCCUGGUCAUCACCUGCUCUGAGGCCACCAUCCUGCUCUGCUACUUCCACCUAUGUGCUGAGGACUACCAUUGGCAGUGGCGUUCCUUCCUGACCAGUGGCUUCACUGCUGUCUAUUUCCUGGUCUAUGCCGUUCAUUACUUCUUCUCGAAGCUGCAAAUCACUGGACUGGCCAGCACCAUCUUGUACUUUGGAUACACCAUGAUCAUGGUUCUCAUCUUUUUCUUAUUCACUGGUACUAUCGGCUUCUUUGCCUGUUUCUGGUUUGUUACAAAGAUCUACAGUGUGGUCAAAGUGGACUGAAGGAUACAAAAGCACAACGGACUAUACAUGAGGUUACGUUCUCCCAUCAACCUUUGGAGCAUUCAGCACUGUCAAACUGAACGGAGAAUUACAACCUGAACAUUCACCUCCUCGUGCAGAGAGGCCUCCGGCCGACGAGAGCAUGUGUACACUGGGUUGUAAUUUUGUACAUACAGUAUCUAUCUGCAUAUAAUCUGAAUGAAAUGAAUCAUAACUGUACACGCCUCUUCCCAAUAUGUGACACACAGAAAGGUUAGUUUAUACCAUGCUACCUUCACAGAGUGCAGUGAGCUAUUGGCGUUGGACUGUCCACAGACUGUGUCAGCGGUCCUGUCAUGCAUUUUAGGUUUGUUUCAAAAUCCGUGCACACUGUUUGCAGAUGUAGUUGAAAAUUAUAGUCCUACAAAUAAAACUGUGAGGGUGUGCUUCUUGACGGCUA